UCGCAACACACCAAAUGCAGACUUGGUGAGUGAGAGGUCGUUGGCAAUUAAAGUUACCGUACAUAAUAUCGGAAAGGAACUCUAAUUCUUGGUCUUGUUGGGAACUUGUUAGGACCAUUGUUCAUUUAAUUUUUCUAUUAUUCCAAACAGAGGAAAAUUUCAUCAGAUCCUAACUAGGAAUGAGUAUUGUACUACUUAGAACAUCCUGUGAAAAUGGAAGCUGCAGAAUCGUCACCAUUGCUGUUAAUCAAAGAGGAGAACUUGGAAGAGGAUCUUAAUCAAAACCCAGGGGAAGGCUCUUCAUUUGCAGACCCCUUCUUAGAAGUCAAGGCAGAACCAGAGUUUUUUGACAAUGGUGAAUUUGAUGAGAACUGCUCUUCCCAAACUAUUAAGGAUGAGGAGGACAGCUCUCUAAGCUGUGAUGAUGAAAGGGAAAAGAAGAAGAUCUGUAUUGCAGAAGAAAGUAGACAUUUGGGUAGAAGCAACACAGCAGGGAAGCAAACAGCUUUUGUUGAAUGCCAAAGGACAUUUUCAUGCAUGAGCCACCUGAAUUCCCACAUGAGAAAUCAUGAUGGUAAAAAACCAUAUACUUGCAUUGUAUAUCAAAGAAGUUUUUCUCAGUCAGGUGUUCUCACAAAACACAUGAGAGCUCAUACAAGAGAGAAACCAUAUAAUUGCUCUGUAUGUCAAAAAAGAUUUUAUCAUCAAAGUCAUCUGAAAAUACAUGUUAGAAGUCAUACAGGAGAGAAACCAUAUACUUGCUCUACUUGUCAAAGAGGUUUUUCUCAUCAAAGCCAUCUCAAAACGCACAUGAAAACUCAUACAGGAGAGAAACCACAUACUUGCUCUAUAUGUCAAAGAAGUUUUUCUGAAUUAUGUGAUCUCACAAAACACAAAAGAACUCACACAGGAGAGAAACCAUAUGUAUGCUCUAUAUGUCAAAGAGGUUUUUGUGAUUCAAGUACUCUUACAAAACAUAUGAGAACUCACACAGGAGAGAAACCAUAUACUUGCUCUAUAUGUCAAAAAACAAAAAAGUUUUUUCCAAUCAUGUCAUCUCACAGGACACAUGAGAACCCAUACAGGAGAGAAACCAUAUACUUGCUCUAUAUGUAA